AUGCAAGAAACUAAAACACAUUUAAAAGGUUUAAGAACAGUAAUAGCUUAAAAGAAGGAGAGAAUGUCUCAUAAUUAUCAACAUUCAAUUAUAAAUGGAUCCUUUCUAAUUGAAGGUACAAAAGUAAUAAAUCAGUUUGAAUAUUAAAAAGAAAGUGAGGCUAAAAUGCCAACUAAAAAUAAAUUCUAAAAUUUGUUUAGAUAUCACAGAUUAUCAUUGAAAAAUGAAAAACAAGAAAAAUUGUUGAGUACUGCUCAAAAUACCCGAAAAAAUUUUACUCAACAAAGACCUUCUGUUUUAAAUGUGGAAUUUUCAAUAGAUCAGAAUAUUGCAAGGAAUAAAUCGAUUGAAAUGAAUUAAAUUAGGAGACCCUAAAGAAUUAAACAAAGGAAAAAAGAUGCAGAAUUGAAUGAAAGGGAUAGAUUUUACACUGUAUAAUUUAUAACAAAAUCUGAAGGCAAAUACGAAAAUCGAAAUCUCUUAGAAUUGAAUGUUCUCAAAUACUAGAAACUGUCCCAUUCUCCUAAAUUUGGCAAUAGGCAUCCAAUGAAAAAUAUCAAAUUGAAUGAAAAAAUGAAAAAGGAGAAGAAUUAAAAUAUAUUGUUACAAGGUCUGCUUUGA